ACAUCCAACGUUUUUGUGUUAAGGAAUUUUGAAGCAAAGGAGAGAGAAAUUCCAUCUCUUUCUAUUUCUCAGCCAUUUCCAGAUUCAAAGGAAGGAUUUUCAGUGUUAAGGACAAAGAUGAAGAUGACAGCGGCGGCGGCGGCGGUGAUAGAGCAGAAAUCAGUCAACCGUUGGUGGUUUGAUCGAAACACCAACGACCCAUCUCCAAAACGUUCACUCUGGCUUCACUCCACCCUCUCAGAGCUUGAUGAGACAACAAUGGCGAUGCUUAAGAUUAUCGAUGAAGAUGCAGACUCUUUUGCUAAACGUGCCGAGAUGUAUUACAAGAAGAGACCUGAACUGAUUGGAAUGGUUGAGGAUAUGUAUCAAUCACAUCGAUCCUUAGCUGUUCGAUUCGAUCAACUGAAAACAGAGACUGGGUCGCGUUUAAUCGCCCCUUUGUCAUCUCCAUUUCGGUACAACCGAACUGAGAAACAGCCGUCGAAUUUGUCGACGAUGACAUUCUCUGAAAAAUCCUAUGACAGUUAUUCUGAGACAUAUGACCCAGAAGAGUCAGCUGAGUCCGAGAUUGAUGAUCCAGAAGAAGAAGUGGAAACAGAGGAAGAUGCCAUUGUUGUUGCUGAGAUGAAAGGAAUGAAGCUAAGAGAGGAAAUGGAAGAAGAGAAGAAGAAGAUGAAGAAGAAGAUGAAGGAUGAAAUGAAACAGAAAGAUGAAGAGAAAAGAGAGGUGAUAAGACAGCUGAGCAUGGCGUUGAAUAUGGUGAAGGAGGAGAAUUUGAAACUGAAGAAGAAGCUUGCAGAAAUUCCAAAGGAUUAUUCCACUCCCAAUAAAGGGAAAGUGAAAGGGAUAAGUCCAAUAGUGGAGUUCAAACGGCUGAAAGAUACUUUUAUGGGGAAGCUAUUCUUCAAUGGAUCAUCAUCAUCCCCAAGAACUAAGGUCAAAAUCCCUCUUUAGAAGAACAUAAACCUUUAUCUUAUUAAUAUGUAGCAGAAAACUAUGUAUUGUUAGGUCAAUUGUUUAGUUUAAGGAGAGGGAUUAGAACUAUUCAUUCAUUUGUUUGUUGUUGUUCUUGUUUGUUGUAAGGGAUAGGUCCAUGAUGGGUCUUUUUAUAGAUGUUUUACAAGUCAACAGUAUUUUCUUAAUAAUUCUUUGUUUGAAACUA